AUGAAUCAACUUGCCUUCGAGGAGUUUGGAGAUUUGCAAGAGCAAAUGCAAGACUUCUCAUCUAGAGUUGAGCAGUAUUUAAGUCAAAAGAGAGGUAGUCUAAUUGAACACAAACAAAAUCAUUAUAUCAAACUAAAUGAAUUGAGGUCACAAGAACAGAAACUACAAGCAGAAAUAAAUGAAAAUAAGACUAAAGAAGAAAAUUUGAAGCUGACGAUAAAGCAGUCUUUGGAGUCAUUACAGUUACAACAAAUAAAAGUAGAUGAAUUGAAGCACAAGCAGAGUGAGCUCUUGGAUCAUAAGAAUCAUUUAGAUAAGGACAUAGAGCAGCUAAGGAAAGAAAUGCUGGAGAUCGAAAGCGACCUCGCCAAGAGCGAGGAUAAUUUAGCCAGGCAGCUAAAGAGAGACUAUCCUGAACUAGUCAAGUUUGAAGUGUACUUGGGUUUGAGAAUCGAAGUAAUAGAUAUUGACAUCAUAAAGUUUGUAUUUACAAAUAUCGACUCUAAUGAUUUUGAGAGACAAUUUUGGUUUGAGCUUCACAUAAAGGAAGACACCUUUCAGAUUAAAAACCCAAAUCCUAGUUUACAACCUGAAACAGUAUCAUCGCUUGAGUCUGAAUUCAAGAAACAUAAGGAAUUCGUAAAGUUUCUAAAGUCGGUACGAAACAAGUUUAAAGACUUGAUAUGA